AUGUAUGAAGGGAUUGACAACCUGAAAUCCCUUAACGACCGUGCCGGGAAGACUUUCUCCGGCGGUCCUUCUGCGGCACAGGAUGUGCCGCGUCGUACUGCUCAACCAGACCCAGUACGUCGAUCAUUAGUUGGAAGCGGGGCUCCCAAGAAUCCCAGGACGGGGGAUAGCCGCGCCACCGGACGAGAUAACUCGUCCGACGUCCGUUCACGUCGCGGUGGUUCAACAGCUGCUCAACUAGAUAGCGCUGGCCACCGCGAGAGUCCUCUGAUGGAGUUGAAGGAGGAAAGACGCUCUCCACACGAUCAUGUGGAUCGGUGUGUUCCCGAGAGCUUCUUUGAUCGCGUAACGCAAGGGUUACGCGACGAUCUCGAACAUGAGCGGAAUAGGCGUCUCCAGAUGGCGGACACUGUCUUAAAGCAUCGCUGA